AUGUCUCAACUUGAUAAAUUUAAUUUCUAUAUUAGUACUAAAAUUUCAAUUGAUGAUUCAGUUUAUCAUUUAUCAGAUGAUAAUAUGCAACAAACAUUUAAUAAUAUAGGUUAUUAUAAAACAUCUUCUUUUGUUGAUUAUUAUUCUUCAUCAAAUGCAAUAUCUAAUGUUUUUUCACUUCCAUUUAUAUUUAAUCGUCUUGAAAUGAUCACCAAGAAGUUUCCAUCGUUUAAUAUUUUCUCAUGUUAUUUAUUUGCAAGUAGUUAA